AUGGAGUCAUUUUCAUUCUAUUUUGGUCUGAAUCUAGGACGCAAGCUUUAUGCUCACACAGAUAAUCUGUCCAUAACACUUCAGAAAGAAAAAAUGUCAGCAAUCAGCGGUAAAGAAUUGGCUGAACUUACGAACAAGACGAUGCAAGGCAUGAGAAACGAGAGAGACUUUGAUAUAUUCUACGAGACAGUUACCAAGUCAGCAAGUUCGAUGGAUUUCGUUUCUUCGCCAACAGCGCCAAGAAAACGCAAAAGACCAAAGUACGACAUCUUGGAAUUUGUGGAAGGAAAUCCAAGCAGCACUGGAGAAGCCUACUAUCCAGAAACUGCUCAUGCCCACCAUAAGGCCAUCUAUUUCGAAGCAAUUGACGUAAUUGUCAGCGCCAUCAAAGAGAGGUUUGAGCAACCUGCCUUCAGAGUAUAUACAGAAGUGGAACAACUGUUGUUGAAGUCAAUAAGUAAAACGCCAGCCGAAGAAGAAAUGAAGACCGUUAAUGCAAGUUUCUGUGAUGACUUUGACGAUCAAUCGUUGUUGUGUGAAUUGGAGUUGGUACCAACUAUCUUUCGUGAAUCCAGUCCUGUCAACUUCAGCGAUGUUGUAGAUGUUGUACAGUCGUUAUCAACCGAAAAACGAAAAUUGAUAAAAAAUGUCGUCAUCAUCAUACGAUUGGUUUUAACAAUGGGAGCUACAUCCGCUACUCCGGAACGAUCAUUUUCUACGAUGAGACGGUUGAAAACCUGGAUACGUUCUAGCAUGAAUCAGAAAAGGUUCAACGAUUUGUCAUUGUUGAACGUACACAAGGAAAUCUUAGAUACGAUUUCUUUAAUAGAUAUUGCCAAUGAGUUUGUAAGGGCUCAUCCAUCUAGGCAAAAUGUUUUUGGUAUUUUUACAGAAAGCGAUUUGUAA